CUGCAGAAUGCUUCGUCGACCCCGUUCAAUUCUCCGCAUUCUGGCUUCAUUUGGCUUUCUAGUAUACACUCGCAUGCUGCGCUACAGCUCCACUUGACCGGACAAUGUCGAUGCUACGACAGACAGUGGGGAUGAUUCUCAUCCUCUUCGUUUCCCUAUCAACAUGCGUCGCAGCCGAACCGCAACGCUUCAGCUCCUGGUGGCCGAGGUACCGGAGCGCAAUCAACACAAUCAAAACCACGAAUUGCUCCGCACAAUACGACGCAUACCUGACCGGAGACCAACCGGUCGGAAACCUGACCGCGAAUGACCCCGAGCUUGCGAUCUGGCAUGUUGACAGUGCGGUGACCCCGCUAACCAACUGCCUGCUGCGGGCCACGCCGGAGCUCUACAAAUCCAUGAUGGCCAGCGCACAGGUGGUGCUGGGGCUGAUGCCCACGCUGCUGGCUAGCAUCAGCCCCAGCGCCCACGAGACGGCCAUGCUCUUCGUCUUCGGCGACCGCCAGCUCCUCUCGUUUCUCCUCAUGGUCGCCUCCCCGGCCAGCGCGGUCGACGCCUCGGGCAACCUCCACCAGCACGUCCAGGACCUGAAGGGCUCCCGCGAGUGGCUCUCCGCCGACUCCUCUGCGCUGUUGUUGCAUCACAACCUCGCCAUCGUGGUUCUGGAGUUCUUCCUCGCCGUGGCGGCGGCGGGCAAUGUGUUGGUCCUCGCCUAUGAGAUCUGCCUGCGUGUCAUCUUCUCUUUCGCCCAACAGUUACAGUGGAUGCCCGGACUGUGGGUCGCCGUCGGCGUGGCCACCCACCUCUUGAUGACCGUCGCACUCCGCACGCGCGUGCACCUUCGUGGCGGUCGGACGAGUAACAUCAGUCUUCCCACUCGGGUGCUCCGGUGGGUGCGAGCGCAGUUCACCGCGUCGGACAGUAGCAGCGACGCGACCGAGGUCCAGUUGCGGGACCGCACGGUGGGUAAUGUGCUGAUCUCCUGGUUCACAGGGCUACUCGCCGCGGCCAACACGCUCCUGGGGAUUCUGCAGUUCUCAAGCAUGCUUUUUAUCUCCCCCAACGAUGCCCUGUUCAUCGUGGUGCGGUUCGUGGCCUCAGCGGUGGUGUGCCGGAUCCUGGUCAAGUACGAGCUGUGGCUUGUGCGACAACAGGUGAAAGUAGGUGGCAGCGAUGAUGGUGAACAGGUGAAAGGAGAUGUUUCGAUGGGCUAGUUGUACCUCUCGAUCCUGCGGUGCUGUAUCAUAUCUUUGGUCUCUACUUAAUGUUUAAUUUCUACCUGCAAACCUGUGAGCCUGGGAGGAUUGGCUGUAGAGGCGGAGGCCAUAGCG